AUGUCUUUCAGACGGUUUUUUGGUCUGGGACUGGUCACCCAAAAAUUUUUCAUUAAAAAUUUCUUGUGUACACCUCCUCAAAUUUUUGAUGUUCUACUAAGCACUGGAAAUGCUGAUUUUUGGGUGACUGCUUUCAAUGUCUCGACAAAUAAGCCUCGGUUCUUCCCUCAAAAUUCGUCAACCUUCUCUUACCCCAACCCCCAAAAGUAUUUGAACCUUCCCAGUAUACAAGGAAUUGUUGGAAAUGAUACAAUACAGUUUGCCGGAUUGUGCCAAGCCAAACUAGAAUUCAGUUUUUCUGAUAUAAUUGAUAAUCAAACACUUGCUCAACCUUUUGAUGGAGUUAUGGGGCUUACAUUUCCUGAACUAAGCAAGUCGGCUACAAUAAAUCCACUCAUGGCUGCUAUUGAUAAUAGUAAGUACAAACUUCCAUUAUCAUAA